AUGCGCCACCAUCGACCUGCCCGUCUUGCUCACAUCGCGCCCAUCGGCGUCGAUCGCAUGGGAGAGCUUGCAGACGCUCGCUCCUCCACCGCUGUUGCUUCUUCUGCUGCUCUCAACUGCAUCCUCUUUGCCAGCGGUCUGUCGGACAUCCUGAACGUCCUGCUCGCCACCGUCGUCCUUGGUGACGAGGCUAUCGUCACCGACUCGACCUAUGUUUGGCCUCAUCAACCGCAUUCGUCUCGCUGGUGGCGUGUCCGGAUUCGUGCCGUUCCAGUUUCGCCCGAGUUCGACUUGGAAGCUCGAUUACGAUGCCCUCCGCGCCGUCGUCAGCACAAGUCCCAAUGCUCGCGCCAUGCUGCUGAUGUCUCCCUCCAUGGUACCGUUGACGCAGACGAUUGGUCUCUGAUCGCAGAGCUCUGCGUCGAACACGACCUGUCCUCAUCCUCGACACCGCCAUGGAACGGCUGCUCUUCGAUGGUCGAACGCACCAGGACCGUCGGAGGCGGUCUCUCGGCACUUCAGCACUCCCAGCAGGCUUUGAGCCUACGCCCGUACAUCGACGAGCUCCAGUCCCGACGCGACCUGCUCAUGCGCGAGCUGGAGGCACUCCCCGUCUGGCUUGCCAGCAGGAGGCUGGUUGAUGCUCCUGCGCGUGUCUGA